AUGGACUCUUCCUCCUCUCCGAUUUUCGACGAAUACGCCCAGGACCUCUCGACGCUCCUCACCGCCAUCCGGACUCAGUUGGACGGAGCGGCGAGCCAGGCGAGCCAGGCGAGCCAGGCGAAAGGAGGUCAGUUGCACGAUCACGUACUUGGUCGGAACAGCGGGCACUUGUUCACGCUCGAUGGUUUGGCCUGCAGAUGAGAGCAGGGCGCUGUUGAGACGUCUGGAGAUGGAAUUGGAUGAAUCGGACGAGAUCGUCAGUUCAGUUUGGGGCGCAUCACGUGCCCGAAAGCUCGGGUCCUGCAUCGGAGCGGAACGAAAGUGCUGAAUGCUGAAUGCAACCCUCUCUUGCGCGUUCGGGAUGCCUUCGUCCAGAUCGGUCAAAUGGAAAUCGAAGUCCAAACCCAACUCAACCCACUCGACAAACAGGACCUGCAGACCAAGUUGAGGCGGCACACAACCACUUUGGCAGCGAUACGACAACAAAUCGUGAAUCCCGUCACGACGCUUUGCCCCGUAAACCCCCAUCGAGCGCAACUGAAUCAUCGAACCUCGCAACCUGCUUCACAGAAACGCCUUCAAGCGACCACAGAUCGAGACGACCUUUUAUCCACCUCCUCCCGUCCACACGUCACAAUACCCAUUUCCGACUCCGAAGAUCCUUUACGGUCCGCUUCCUCCGCACAAGCACAACGGAUCGCCUUGAUGUCAACGACGGACCAAUUGAGUCAAGGCCAGAGGAGACUGCAGGAGAGUCAUAGGGUCGCCUUGGAGACGGAAGACCUGGGCGCGGGCAUACUGAGGGAUUUGAGGGGGCAGAGGGAUGUGCUGGAACAUGCUAGAGAUGGGGUGGGUGGGUGGGUACUGCUGCUUUGUUGCGCACCAAAGUAGUCAGGCUGAUUGUGGCUGUCGGUGAUUGCUCAGUUGUACGAGACCGACGGCUCGAUCGAUCGAGCGUCGAAUACGAUCGGCAACAUGGUCAGAGUGUCAGUUUUCGAGCUGGACUAGGAGGGCAUUUUCAAGGCUCGGAGAUUAUCCGAGCGAGCGAGCGCUCACCCAUACCCUCCUCUGUCCUCUCAUCUCUUGCAGAAUGCACCAACAGAAAGCGAUUACCUAUGCUAUCAUAGGCGUGUUGGUAUUCUUGAUGUGA